AUGGUCGUGGCCGUCGAGUCGGUCGACAAGCUCGAGGCAGAGGACGUGUGGUGCGGGGCGCAGUGGGAGGCGGCGUGGCCAGGGCGGCGGGACCCGAAACCCAUCGUGCUCGGGGGUGGAGACGACGCGGUGGGGAGGUCCAAGAGCCUCACGGACGACAACCUAGAGGAGCUCAAGGGAUGCGUUGACCUGGGCUUCGGCUUCAGCUGCGACGAGAUCCCCGAGCUCUGGAGCACGCUCCCGGCGCUCGAGCACUGCUACUCCAUGACCCAGCGCCUCCAACCGGCCGCCGCCGCCACCCCGCCACCUAGGCUCCCGAGUGGUAGAUCCAGGUUCCCCUCCUGGAGACCCCCUUCUCUAUCCCCUCAUUUGCAUCGUCUCCUUCUUUCCCUUCCCUUCUUGACUUGA